AUGCGCGGCAAAGGCCACCAACGCGCAGCCGAGAAGGCCUUCCAGCGGUGGCGCCAACUUCACGUCGACGACCUGUUCAACGGCCGACUUCUGCCAACCCCUCUCCACGCCACUCUUCGUCUUCCGAUCUUCAUUGCGGCAUCUUCGGCCUCGUCCGCAUCUCCUUCCACCUGCGACACGCCCCCACCAGCCGCAAUUGUUCUCCACCUCUCCACGAACCACCGCGCCGUUGCGGACUGGUGGGGAACCGAGUACGACGACGCCUUCCUCCAUGUGGGUCCACGUACGAGAGAAGGGCUGGACCGUGUUGAGGCGGACGACGCCGGCGGCAGUUCUGAUGGCACGCCGUCCAUCAUCGCCUCCGCACGGGUGUCGGCACACGUCGGCCCGCCCGCCGCCCCGCUCGGCUACCCGGCCUACCUCGCUGCCGAGGCGAAGCAGUGGACGGAGGGGGUGCUGCGCGGGGAGACGUACGCCUACGACUACGCCUACGCGGACGGUCCGGGCGGGUUCGCCCUCGCACCACCGCCACCACCCGCGCCGUACCUGCCGCCCGUCAGGUGGCUUCGGCAGCCGCUGCUUGACGGCUUUGUGGCGCAGCGGCUGACCGCCCACACCGGCGUGACGACGGGCGCGUUGAUUGACGCACGUCGCAGCGGCGCCGCGCUGUGCCGGCAGCUGCCGCCCUUCAAUCUCUCCCCGUUCUACGCGUCGAGCGAGCUGCUGGACCGGUGGUGUGUCUUUGGGGAGGCUUCUGCCCUUCUUCCGACGUCUGCGGCGGGCCCUGUGCCGGUGUCCGCUCUGAGCGGACCGUCGACUGCAGCGGGGCAUCACCGCCGUGCGGCGGAGCUCGCCCUGUCCGCCGCGAUUUUGCCAAACUACAACGCGGCGUGGUUGAACGGUGCCGUCGUGUCGAGCCCGCGCACGGGGAAAUGUGUGGUGAUUGUGGGCCCGCGAUCGAGCGGCAAGACGACCCUUGCCCUGCACUGCGUCGCACCCGCCACCGCGGAAUCGCACCCGCGCAGCCAUCACCAUCGCUAUCCUACUUCUAACACGGUGAGCAACAACACGAGUCAUGGGGGCGACGACGUCCAGCUGCGCCUGACCGCAGCGGAACACUUUUUGAUCGGUGCCGGCACACCCGUGCAGCGCAUGCUGCGCCCACACAUGCCCCCCAAUUCUGAUCUGCCUCCCCACGUCUUCCUCUGCGCGCUGCCGCACCGAGUGAAAGUAGGCAUCGGUGCCGUCCUUGGCACGUUGCAUCCAAAUCCGUCGCUGGCCGCCGCAACUACUCUGCCAGCCUUCCUACGCACCGACGCCGGCCUUCGCACUUUCCUCGCCAAUACGGACCGCGUUCUCUGGGAGAUGAGUAUGCAUUACCACGUCUCCUUGCGCGACGUGUGCAGCAGCAGCAGCAGCAGCAGCAAUGAAGCAUCGUCACCGUGGCAACCAGCCGGCGUCAGCGCACUCGCCGGGGUGGUGAUGCUGGACUGGAGCGUCGACGAGCUCGCCAGAGCGGCGCCGACGCCGGCGCACACGCGUGUGCGGCGUGUUCCGCUGCACGCUGGUGGACUGCCGGAGUUGCUGACGCGCGGUCGCGACUACCUCUUUCGCGGCCACUACCUCGUGCGAUCCGUCUACGACGAAGCCGUCGACGGCCCGGCGCGACUGGCGGACCUUUUCGCGCAGGAGUGGGCGGCGCGGCCACCCGCCACGGGCGAUGCUGCCCCGUCGCUGCACUGUGUGGAGGGCUCAGUGAACUUCAGCGCGGCCACGCAACUGGUGCGGCGUUUGCUGGCGGCAUGA